CUCACUCAGGAAGUAAUGUGCCAAGUUUGACAAUCUGUUUUAUGAGAACUACUCAUCGACAUAAAACAUAUGCUCAGAGAUCAUAUUAAUGCCAAAAUGGAAGUUGAUUUGGCCUUUUUGAAGUCCGCAAAAGGUCUACUGAAAAUGUCAGAAAUGGUAUGUGUCUUUGUGGCUUUUGUGCGUUAUGCAGUGGCAUCUAGGCCGCCCUACAUUGCAGCGACAUGCAUGGAAUUUUUCAUCACACUUGGUUUUUUUCUGCUCUACCUACUGAAACUCAACAAGAUUUUCACUCUCUUCUUCUGGCCUCUUAUUGAUGUGUUCAACUCGUUCUUUGCAGCUGCACUGAUGUGUAUUCUUAGCCUGGUAGCAGUUUCCACAUACACAGUGAAGGCCACUUUGAGCGGAGGGAUCGUGGGUUUUGUGGCUGCAGCCUUGUGGUCUUUGGAUGGUUAUAUCCAUUUCAAAAAAAUCAAAUUCAACAAUCCAAGAACCAGCCCAGAGGCCCAAACAGGGUACAAUUAAAGCUUUGCAGAACCAGCUGUCUCAUUUUGUAAGCAGACCUAUUUUGUAAAACCAAAAUAAGGUUGUAAAAUUAUAUAGGUAUAAUGUAUUCAUUAUUAUUAUUAACAAAUAGAGUUGCCACUCUUUCCUGUAAACUAAAGUCUCCAGAAAUGUCUCUGGGAAUGCAUAUUGCUUUAAUACACAUAAGUGUGCAUGAUGAAACCUAUCCACAAAUAUUCACCACUCAAAAUAAAUUCCUCUAAAAAUUGAGCAACAUGUUGUUAUUGUCUCAACGUUAAGAAUGAUGAUGUUACAGUAUGUUCUUGUUCUCAAAGUAAAAAUGCACUUUGUCUGAAAGAUUGUUGUUAUCCAAAGUUACUGAUUUGAGGUAUUUGACCAAAGCAUGAGAGAACCGUGCCAAAAUUGUAAGCGCAGAGAAAAGAAAGAUGGAGCUGUACAUAUCAGUUUAUUUUGGUAACUUUUUGCCCCACAUGCACAACAUAUCAUUUAGACAUUUGCAACAGCAAGUUUUUUCACACACACAGACUGGUUCUAUGCAGUUGAUCUGUUUUGCAGUUCUUUAGAAUGCUUUCUGUUCACUGUUCAUGCUUGCAAAUCACUGUUCACAUGCUUGCAGUACUUUUGAUCGUAUUUUAGCGACAACAACGUGCCAAAAGUGUAAGCGCAGAAAAAUGGAAGUCAGAAGCAUGCAUAUCAUAUUUAUUUUGCUUUAUCAUGAAGCUGCAGUUUUACAAUUCUUGAUUUACACUUAUGAGUGACAGUAAAAUGCUACAAAUCAUUUUUUUCUUACGCUUGAAAUGCGAUUUACACCUUCACAAAGCUUAUCUUGCGCAUGCAAAUUAAAUUUACGCUUAAAGUUUUAUGUACACUUCCACAACUCCUAUCCUACUUUGCUAAAUGUGCAUUUGUGCUAAAACCUUGGCUGGUUUAGGCCUGUCAUGGAUAAAUAAUGAUGACAAUAAAACCACCAGUAGACAGCAGCAAGCGUCAGAUAGGUUGGAUAGUAUGCACAUUAGGACUUAGGGACCAUCUGAAUGGGCCUUUGAAUCAUUGGCUUAUUUUAUUAGUUCAAAAACCGAUUCAUUCAAGGAAUGAAACAUCGUGUUACAAUGCACUGUUGUAUAAAAUGACUAUGUUUGUGCUUCCGCAUGUAGGCUUACUAAAAUUCCGAAAAUUACAUUGCUUGUGCAAAGAAAUUAAAAACUCAUUACUGGGUAUUUUUUUUUUCUUUAAUUUAUUGAAUUAUAAUGUAACAGAUAUGCAGGUCAUCGAUUCAUGGGUUAAAUUCAGGCAUAUAAAAUGAAACCUUUUUACACUAAAUGCCUGGCCU